AUGUUUUUCUGCAUAACCCUUAUCGCCUCGCUGUUGGCAGUACUGCCUCCGGCCUCAGCAUCUUCUGCAUGCCGUUGCUUUCCAGGCGAUGCUUGCUGGCCAUCCGAAAGUGCCUGGUCACAAUUCAACAAGACUAUUGACGGGCGGCUGAUUAGCACCGUCCCACUUGGUACACCAUGCCAUACGCCUAAUCACAAUGCUACCGCUUGUGCGGUAUUGAAAGCUGGAUGGGAGCUGCCAGAAGAACAUUAUGAGUCUUCUUCAUCUGUCAUGGCCCCGUUCUUUGCCAAUGGAACCUGUGACCCAUAUCACUCUGUCUCGAAGCCUUGUACUCUUGGCAAUUAUGUUUGGUACAGCAUAAAUGUCACCAGCCCAGCUCAUAUUUCAUACGCCUUGAAAUUUGCGACGAAACACAAUAUCCGUAUUAUCAUUCGAAACACUGGUCAUGACUACAAUGGCAGGUCGACUGGAGCUGGAGCUCUUGCGAUCUGGACGCAUCAUCUCAAGGACCUAGAAAUCCAUGAAUACAAAGAUAAGCACUAUGCUGGCAAGGCCAUUACUAUGGGGGCUGGUGUUCAGGGUUUCGAAGCCUACGAGAUCGCAGAUGAAAACGACCUUCAAGUUGUUGGAGGUGAAUGCCCCACUGUUGGUCUUGCCGGUGGCUACAGCCAAGGAGGUGGACACUCAGCGCUUUCCUCCCGCUAUGGGCUAGGUGCUGAUCAGGUCUUAAAAUGGGAAGUUGUCGAUGGUCAGGGCAACUUCAUCACCGCCACCCGAGACAACGAGUAUUCUGAUAUCUUUUGGGCUCUGAGUGGCGGCGGUGGUGGCACCUAUGGAGUCGUCUGGUCAAUGACCUCGAUGGCUCAUCCUGGAACCCCGGUGUCUGGUCUUAAUCUGACCUACACAAACACCAAUCUCGCGGCGAGUUCCUUCUAUAGCACUAUCGAGAAGUUCCACGAGAAUCUUCCUGCUCUCGUUGACGCAGGUGCUAUGUGUAUCUGGUCCUACACUAACACUUCCUUCGUGAUCUCUCCAAUAACUGGCCCUAAUAUUCCUGUGGCCAAGUUGGUAAAGCUGCUUGAGCCUUUCACUGCAAUUCUUGACAAGCUGAACAUCAACUACACGAUGUCCACAGGCCAGUAUAGCAGCUACUAUGGCCAGUUCAAGGAUAUGCAAGGCACUAUUGAGGUUGGCAUUGCGCAGUACGGUGGCUACCUUAUCCCAAGAUCAGUCGUAGAGAACAACAACAAAGCUCUGGUUCAAGCCUACCGUGAGAUCACCGAGGCUGGCGCUACCUUUAUCGGAGUGGGUUUGAACGCUUCACAUAAAGUGUCUGGAGACGUUUAUAAUGCGGUUCUUCCCGCCUGGAGAGAGGCACUGAUUGAUACAACUUUGACCACCCCAUGGGAGUGGGAUGAUGACGCUCUGAUGGUGGAGCGACAAAAUCAGAUGACAUAUGAAUUCAUUCCCAAGCUGGAAGCACUCGCCCCCAGCUCAGGUGCCUACAUGAAUGAGGGUAACUUCCAACAACCCGACUUCCAGAGGGUCUUUUAUGGUAGCAAUUAUGAUGCAUUGCGCAAGAUCAAGUCCAAGUACGAUCCCAAUGACAUAUUUUACGCCAAGACAGCGGUUGGAUCUGCCGAGUGGAGAGAGAGGGAAGAUGGCCGAUUGUGCAAAGUUAAUCAAUGGCAACCCUCAUGUGCUGAGUAUGGCACUGUAUAA